AUGUCGCACAGUAAGCAUAAUACGUCGCUCGCCUUCUUCACAGCCCACGAGCGUGAGGAGCUGAAGUCGGUAUGGGGCUCGCGGAGCACCCGCCUAUCGCGCGACAGUUUUCUCCCCUUCGGCUCUUGUCGCCUCUGUUUGCUACCCGCUCGCGAUCCCGUAUCUUGUCCCUCUCACGGCCAUCUGUUCUGCCGAGAAUGUGCCCUUUCCAACCUCCUCGCCCAGAAGAAAGAGAUCAAGCGCCUGGACAAGGAAUACAUCCAAAAGAAGCAAGAGGAGGUUGAAGCUGAGGACAUCAAGAGAGAACAAGAGCAGGAGCGUGCCGUCCAAGAUUUCGAGCUCGUUCAACAGGGCCUGAACAGCAAACUCGGCCCCGGCAAUGCUGCUGCUAGACACAUCAUCGGACGAGAAGCUGGCAAGGUCAUUGUCGAAGAACAGAACCCUGACAAGCAAGGCACCAAGCGCAAACUGGAGAUUGACGAAGAAGAACUCAAACGUCUCGGUGGUCAGAACACCAAGUUGAAGAAGGACGAUCAGAAUCCAAUCGACCAGAAGGCUGCUACAUCNUUUUGGAUUCCUUCCUUGACACCCUCAAGUUCUACUACUGCGACAAAGCCUACAAAGUCGACUCCACAAUGUCCGGCAUCGACUUCUGACAAGCCUCAUGACUUCUCUUUGAAAUUGCUGGUUUCUGUUCAGUUCACAGAAGAGAAGACCGAGGGCUCUAACGAGCCUGUCCGCUCGUGCCCUUCAUGCAAAAAGGCACUAACCAACUCGACGAAAGCAAUGCUGGCCAAGCCUUGUGGACAUGUGCUAUGCAAACCUUGUGCUACCAAAUUCAUGAAACCUUCGGAAAAGGACGCUCACGAUGCAUCAGCAGAAGUUGGCGUAGUAAGAUGUUACGUCUGCCAGACUAAUGUAACCGACAAGAAGCGCGAAAAGAAAGAGGGCAAGGAGGAGAAAGAGAAGGUCAGACCGGGUGUAGUAGAGAUCAGCUCAGAAGGCACCGGCUUUGCUGGAGGAGGCAACAACAUGGUCAAGAAGAAGGGCGUAGCGUUCCAGGUCUAG